CCAGAAACUUCAAUUUGCCCCAAAUCCAAUCCCUUUGCUGUUCAUAGUUGGGAACUCCAUGAACUCUCGCGAGGCUACUUUAGCGGCCACGGCAACGGUGAUUGGCGCAUUGGCCUCCGCAAUCGGUUUCCGCUUCUUCUACCGUUCUCAAACGCACGCCAAAUCCUCUCUAAACGGCACCGUUUUCUCUCCCCGCGACCCUUUCGACCCCUCCAAGCGCAAUGGAUACUUAUCGUGGGAUGACUAUUUUAUGGCAAUUGCGUUUUUGUCAGCUGAGAGGUCCAAAGACCCUAAUAGGCAGGUUGGGGCUUGUUUGGUGAGUCAAGAUGGUGUAAUUCUUGGAAUUGGUUAUAAUGGAUUUCCAAGAGGUUGUUCUGAUGACAAGCUACCCUGGGCAAAGAAAUCCAGGACUGGGAAUCCUUUGGAGACAAAGUACCCUUAUGUUUGUCAUGCAGAAGUAAAUGCUAUUCUCAACACUAAUCAUGCCUCUGCUGCUGGACAACGGCUAUAUGUGACCAUGUUUCCGUGCAAUGAAUGUGCUAAGAUCAUAAUCCAGUCAGGAGUUUCUGAAGUGAUUUAUUUUGUGGAGAAGAGACUAGAAAAUUCAGAUACUGCAUAUAUUGCCUCUCACAAGCUACUUUCAUUGGCUGGUGUAAAGGUCAGGAAACAUCAACCACUGAUGAAUGAAAUUCAUCUGAAGUUUGAGGAGCACUAGAUUUUGAAGCUUGGCUUAAAUUUUCACUUUGUAAGGAAAUUCUUCACAUUAAAGUUAUGCUCAUAAUAUAUUAAAAAGUGAAAAGAAGACAGAUAGAAGGUUUUGACCAAGUCAAUAGUAACCUCACCACUGCUAUAGUGCAGGCUGAAAAGAAGUGGAACAUGAUCAUGUUCAGCAUCAGUAAAAGAGUUCUUUAUUUGUAGAAGUAGUUGUUUAGGCCUUGUGUGUAGGAUACUAUAAAUACACUUCAUGGACGAGCGAAGAUAGUUUUUCAGUAUAUUUAGUUGUUUAUGUAACCUUGUGCAAGUGAGUCCACUCCAAACGAUGAUACGAACACACUUGUUGAACGCAGAUUUAGUUUAUUUUUCAAGUAUUUUUUUAAUAUAAUUUUUUUCUCUAAA